UCUGUUUCCUGCCCCGGGGAUCCUCAAACCCUCGAUUAUCCAUUCAUUCGUAGAAGCAAGCCAAUGGUGGAGGCGAUUCACGAGGUUGCGAUUUAUAUUCAUAGGUUUCACAACCUAGACCUCUUUGAGCAAGGGUGGUAUCAGAUCAAGAUUGCCAUGAGGUGGGAAGAUGGUGGCUGCACAACUUCACCUGGUUCCCCUUCAAGAGUUGUUCAAUAUGAAGCUCCUGAACUCGAUUGUGAUGAUGUCUUCGGGGCAUGGAGGAUUGAUGACAUGGAUCAUAGUUUCUCAUCACAACCUUUUUACAUACGAUAUGCAAGGCAGAAUGUUUAUCUAUAUGUCAUGAUCUCUUUCAACUUGUCUCUUGGUAAAUAUAAGGGUCCAAUCACAUCUGCCGUAAUUCUAAAGUUUGAGCUUCUCUUUGCAUCUAUUUUGGAUGAUGGGUUAUCUUCUUGGGAAGGAGGACCUGCUGCAGUCCACGAAUUUCGAAUCCCACCUAAGGCUCUUCUAGGAUUGCAUUCAUAUUGCCCUGUUUAUUUUGAUGCUUUCCACUCUGUGCUUGUUGAUACAAGUGUACACAUCAGCUUGCUGAAAGGUGGUUUUCGUUCCACGAAGACACCUAGUCACAGAUUUUUGGUGAAGUUAGUCUGGGAAACUAACCUUUUGAUGUCUCAACUCAGCGAUCCUCAUGGUCGUCAAGGUACUGCUGAUGAGAAAUACAACAAGGCUAAUCAAGUUGUCUUCGUCAAGGCGUUUUCAACUUCUCAUGCAAUUCUACUUGAAGAGCUUAAAAAUCUUAGUAACACCCUCGAUCAAACAAUUGAUUUGACUGCUUUCAUUUCCAAUGAUGCUGAGACAAAGCUCUCUUCUGGUUCUACGGGAGUGGCCAUGGAGACUGCUAAUGCUGAACAUUGGCAAGUGCCAGGCAAGAUGCAAAAUGAUUCUGAGGAACCAAUUGGUACUAUUGGUUACCAAAGUGAUUAUCUUUAUUCCCUACAAAAGGACGAACUUUCCCGUCUUUUGGAUUCUCUUGGAGAUCAAAUCCUCUACUUAUGGAACACAUAUUUAAAGUUUCAUAGGGAUAAUAAAACAAGGAUUUUGGAGCGACUGCAUGACGUUUGGGCUAAUGAUCGUAGAGCUGAAUGGUCAAUAUGGAUUGUUACCUCUAAAGUUGAGAUGCAUCAUCAGUGUAUUGGCAGUGAGGUUGAUGACUCGAACAAUGGCGUUCUUGCGAAAGCCCCUGCACUUCGAAAGAUAACUGAAGAUCCUGCUGAAACUGCUGCAAUGCGUGCUGAGCUCCACCGUCGUAGUAUUGCACAGAUGAAGAUGUGCAAUCGUUCAGUUCAAGACCUUCAAAUUUUUGGAGAUGCAUCGCGUAUACCUAUUAUAAUUGUGGAACGCUUUGUAAAUGCGCCAUUCCCUUCAACUAGUGGAAAUUCUUACUUCAGCAACAUGGACAUGAAAGAGGGACAUAGAGUACUCUCAAAUUUUGGCUCAAGUUUAUCUAGCAAUCAACAAAAGGACCGUGUUUUGAAGAUUGCUGUGUUUGUUCAUGGUUUUCAGGGACAUCAUCUGGACUUACGGCUUGUCCGAAAUCAAUGGCUUCUGAUCGAUCCAAAAUUGCAGUUUUUGAUGUCGAAGGUUAAUGAAGACAACACAACUGGGGACUUCAGGGAAAUGGGACUUAGGCUUGCUCAAGAAGUAGUUUCUUUUGUUAAAAGGAAAUUGGAUAAAGCCUCGAGGGUUGGUGUCUUAUCAAGCAUUAAGCUCAGCUUUGUGGGUCAUUCCAUUGGUAAUGUCAUUAUAAGAACAGCAUUAGCAGAGAGCAUUAUGGAGCCAUACCAUAGAUUCCUGUGCACAUAUGUCUCUCUUUCCGGUCCACAUUUAGGUUAUCUCUACAGUUCAAACUCUCUUUUCAAUUCUGGAUUAUGGCUGUUGAAGAAGCUUAAGAAUACACAGUGCAUUCAUCAGCUGACUUUCACUGAUGAUAUAGAUCUACAAAACACUUUCUUCUAUAAACUCUGCAAGCAAAAGACGUUGGAUAGUUUUAAGAACAUAAUCCUUCUAUCAUCCCCCCAGGAUGGGUAUGUUCCUUAUCACUCGGCACGAAUUGAAAUGUGCCAGGCAUCCUCACAAGACUACUCAAAGAAGGGCCAAGUCUUUCUUGAGAUGCUUAAUAACUGCUUGGAACAAAUACGCACGCCAUCCACAGAGCAACGGAUGUUCAUGCGUUGUGACGUCAACUUUGAUAUAUCGUUGUUGGGUCGAAACUUGAACACUAUGAUCGGACGAGCUGCUCACAUAGAGUUCUUGGAGACUGACAAUUUUGUAAAGUUCAUAAUGUGGUCAUUUCCGGAAUUCUUUUGCUGAAAACAUCCUCAUUUAUUAGCCCCCAGGUGCAUUAUUUUUUGCUCAUGAGAUUGCGACUUAUGGAGUUGAAGCUGCUUCAGGUAACAAGUCCACUUUAAAGCUAUGUCAAUCAUAGGUGGAUCAGAUUAUCUCGUAUGACUAUAUGGUGGGGAGGACCCACCAUGUUUUAUAUGGUUGCACGGGCCACCGCUUCAUAUAACUUUUACAGUGAUAAAUGUGCCACCGUAUCAUUUGUUGGGUGCAACCAUAUAUUUUUCGAAAUUACAAUAAUAACAUAAGUUUAUCUUGACAACGUUGGUUUGCACGAUCUUUUCUCCCCUUGGGCAGAUUCGAAUCUAAUACCCUAUCAUUUUCUUUAGUUUUUUGCCUUUUAAUUUCAGGUUUAUUAUGUUUUUGAAUUUUUUUGGGAUAAAAGACUCAAACAUAGUGUCACAUAUGAAAAAUAAGGAACUAAUCAGUAGACUAACAGUAAUUUUGUAAAAAUACCCAUAGCUUCAUUUUUUAUAAUCAAAUGGUGUUACCACCUCACAAAAAUUCCUAGGUCUUUUGUGUUCGUUAUUAAAAUUAAACGUAACAAAUGAAUGAAUAUGAAUGCAUAAACAAACAAAAUUUCUUGUUUGUGUUCAUUUGUUAAUAACAUAAGCUUGUUCAUGUUCUUUGUUAAAAUGCUAAACAUGCACAAUUGGUAUCUACAAUGAAUUUAUUAGUAAAUGACAUACAAACUGUUAAAAGAAUGAGUAACAACUAAUUCAUGUUUUCUUUUACCACAAAGGUUAACAUAAUCAUCAUUCAACACUAAAGCUUGAUGUAAAAUUGACCAAAAUAGUCAAUCUCAUCAACGAAAUUUACUUUUUAGUCACUUUUGGAAAGGUUAUUGCUAAAAUAGCUGGUCUUUACAUAGAUGCUUUAUGUAUUUGCGUAAAGACUAAUUUCAGGAAAAAAAAACCUUAUGCAAAUACGUAAGGUUUUUACUUAACAUUGACAUGUCCUAUUCUGAAACUUUAUGCAAAUUUGAUUUUUUUUUUGUAUAGCAAUUGUCUUUUUACUAAUUUUUUUUUGUUUUUCAGUAGACAUAAAAUAUACAUUCUUUGCUUUUCAGUAGCUCAAUUUGAGUAGGCGACUAUUGUACAAUAAUAUUCAGUGAUUCAAUUUGAGUAGACAACAAUUGUACAAUAAUUCAAUUUGAUUCAAUUGUGAGUUAGAGUAUUAAUCACUGUGAUUUGUUCAAAUUUUUGUAAGGUCCCUCAAAAGAAUUAUGUAUACCGGAUUAACCCUGAUAAUUAAAUUCUUUAUAUAUUUUAGUAUGACUUACAUUAUGUUUACAAUCUCAUUGAUUCUCUUAAAAUGUAAUUUUUCCAUUGCUCUUUUUGCUCCUAUACUAGUGGUCUCUCGUCAAUUUGAAUUUCAAAAUGACAAAUGAAACUGAGAAACUGAGGUUGCAUAUUCAUC